AUGAUCUCAUUUCGAGAACGCAAAAAGUUUGCCGUCGAAAGAGAGAGACUCGUCGCUCUCGGAGCAUCAACCAGCGAAACUCGGCCAUGUGUUCGUUGGCGGCAUCGUGAAUUUGAACCCUCGCGAGCUGCACCCAUCCGCAGCUCACGUCGCUCAUCGCGGCUCAAAUCGUCCGGAAAUUCAGUCUCGUCAUCAAUUUCAUCCUGAAUCAUAGAAUGCGCGGUUAAUAGACUAACAAUAAAUGCUGUCGCGAGGUUCGCGCCUCGCUGUACUUUGGCGUCGCUCCCUGGAAAGUCGAUUUUUUGCCAACGCUCGCUUGCUCGCUUACUCGCAAAGCGAAACUGCAAUGGACGCGGACAUUUGUGCGUUUUCUUAUAAUUGCACGUUGAUGCGUCAACGUGCGCUUUCGCAAGCGACUUUCUCCGCAUCGUUCCGUUUCUCGUUUCCCGUUUCGUCGCGAGCGACGCCGAUCGAAUUCGUCGUGUCUUCUUUGUGCCGUUCUCGCGCCCCCGUUGUCAUCGCGCGGAUGGAAAGACCGGAAAAGCUCAGUUUCCACCGACGUGGCAAGCUUGUGUGCACACGGACACACAAUAAUCGUCGUGUCACGGGAAAACCCGUUCGUGCGCUCUUCCGUUUCAAGGAACGAGCGAGUGUGCGCUCCUUCGUCGCGAGUAACAAUACGUUGAAAAUCGACGCUAUUCGGAAUUACUCGCAUUUGCAAAUUGCAAAUAAGCCCAAAAUUUUGUUUUGUCAAAAAAGCGCCUCGAACGUGGAUUUAUAAGCACGCGAUGCGAUGUCGCAUUUGACUUGUAAGUGUUUAAACGUGUACAAGACAGACUCGAAAAGCAAAACAUCAUUUGAGAAGAAACGAGGAGGACAUCAAACCAGUGCCAGCCUAGCAUCACCGAAGUGGCGGUCGAAGAAAGUUCCAACAUGAGGGGGUCUAAAAGAGACUGGGUCUUCAGAGUCCAGGUACCCGACCUGGAGAAGAACGAAGUCGUCUAUGUGGUGGGAAAUCUACCUGAACUAGGUGCUUGGAACCAUAACCAGGCUAUUCUGCUGUCACAGGAACACAACAGUCGCAGGGAAUCUCCCGUGUUGUUUGAUAGUAACAGCAGUGGCGAGUUUUAUAGCAGCGAUGGAGAUGCAGCUGACAAUGCAGCUGAUGGCAUAUUUAACGAUGAGGCAGAAAGAGAACGAAUUUUCUCAGAGAAGAUUGCUUUACCUAUCGAUGCUGAUGUCGAGUUCCGAUACUUUAUAGCUGUUGUCUGUCAAUCAAACGGCACUAAAAAUUCGGCCAAGACUCUGAUUAUCCGCAGAUGGGAGACUCACAUGACACCACGAUUGAUUAGAAGAAAUACACCAAGCAAUUUUGAUAACGAUACCUUGCCGGAUCCAGAGAAAUUCGGCUAUCACAAUAAUUAUUGCAAGGUUGAGCGAGGCUGGCUGACAGAUGAGACUGUGAUACAAUUUAAACUUUUUAAUAAUCCCGUUAAGCUGUGGAAAAACCGGCUGCAAAACAGAAAAGUUCAAAUUAAGAUGACACCCGUAAACCUAGUUAGGCACAAUUCCUUAGAACUGCAACAGUUUGGAGGAGACUGUGUAGAUGACAGUCUUUCUAUGGAUACGCAGGAUAUCGUUGAUCAACCCGCUUUUACCAGUAUUACAGAGAUUGCUGUGAUGAACGAUGAAGAGGCUAGAUUCAAGAGCCAGGAGCAGUUUGGUCGUCCUUACAAUGAAGAUGAAUUUAUGAUCUUCAAUGUUGCCGUUCGGUAUCCCGAAACGAUCGCGUACUUAGUGGACUACUACGUGUACAGCUCAAGAUGUUUCCCAGGAGAACCACCAAAUCACAUUGGUUUCAGCUACAUCUUGCCUAGUACUUUACAACCCAGUGUCGGGCUUCUAACUGUACCAAUUACUAGCACGAAACACAGACCUAUUGGACAACUGACAGUGGAAUACGUUGUCAUAAAGCCAAUUCCGGACUAUCCAUGGGACAUGAGCAUUUCGUACGCGAAACACUGGGAGCAGCGGUGGUCCGGCUUAGACGUAGGACACAGAGGGCUUGGCACAUCUUUCAAGUUCGAAACGAAGAACUGUGCAAACGUGCGUGAGAACACGAUCGCCUCUUUGAAGACCGCGUCCUAUCAUGGUGCGGAUAUGGUCGAGUUCGAUGUUCAGCUAUCAAAGGACAUGAUACCUGUGAUCUACCAUGACUUUUAUGUAUCCAUCUCGCUGAAGCGCAAGAAGCAGAUAGAGGCUAUGGAUAUGUUGGAGAUACCCGUGAAGGAUCUUACUUUGGAACAGUUGCAUCUGCUCAAGGAUUGUUGUUACCCGUUGAAGGAUUCGUUGGGUAAGGUGCUCUAUUUCGUUGAUAAAGCUGAGCAGGGGGUUAACAAACUGGUUUAUCACGUGGCCGAAGGACGAGAGAAGAAUCCGCGAUUCUUCGAUGAGGAUUUGGAGGAUCAUCAGCCCUUCCCUAUGCUGCAAACUGUACUCCAGGAACUCGAGCAACACGUAGGGUGCAACAUCGAAAUCAAAUGGACCAUGCAGUUAAAGGAUGGCACAUUCGAGCUCAAUCAUCCAUUCGAUCUCAAUAUAUACCUAGAUAUCAUACUGAAAGUAGCAAUGGAAUACGGGGGCGACCGGAAGAUCGUGUUCUCUUCGUUCAAUCCAGAUAUAUGCGCGAUGAUCCGUCUCAAACAGAACAAAUAUCCAGUGGUGUUCCUAACGCAAGGUAUUACAUCGAAGUAUCCGACUUACCACGACCCGAGGUGCCAAACGAUACCGAUGGCCAUGAGACACGCAUUGGCCGCGGACAUCCUCGGGAUUAACGUCCACACUGAAGAUAUCCUUCGAGAUCCGUCUCAAGUCAAGUUAGUCAAGGACGCGGGAUUAAUCAUUUUCUGCUGGGGUGACGACAACAAUGAUAAGGAUACCAUUCAACAUCUGAAAAAACUCGGCUUGCAUGCGGUCAUAUACGAUAAAAUCGAUGAAUACAAUGCAAAGGAAGUGAAGGAGAGUAUAUUCUUGGUGGACGCUAGAGAAAGUCAGAAGGAGCUGAUAGCUUUGGCGCAUUGCAGUCAAACGCCGCAGAUCUCAACUCCGCUCAACACAGACAAGGAAUAUUACUUGGAUCGACCAUCAACGACAACAUCGCUCGCAAAGAACGCUAUUAAUAGCGGCGGUGAUAGUAUAUAUCCUGUGCCAGGCUUAAAGUUGCCAAGCAACUGCGAGGAGAGCAGGGAGAUUAGCGAGAUCACCAAGGAUUUCAGUGUUUGCGCGAGCACCUUCGGCCAUUCGAUGAAGGCGAAGAGCAUAUCGGAGCUGGUGUGCCGACAACCCAGCGAGAUUUCUGGAGAGGAUGAGGCAGCGAAGGAUUGCCUUUGAUGUUUUUCUUUCAAGAAAGCUUUUUUCUCGUGGUUUUGAUAGAAACGUAUCAUCGAGAGAGAGGGACCCUACACCAACACGAAAAAUGAACAUUUUUGUAAUUUAUAAUGCGCUACGUAUACAUAGUUGAUAGGCCGAAGUAUUACCGAGGAUUCGUCUGUAUUUCUGAGAUUUGUAUAACGCUAGGUCAUUCUACGAGCUGUAUAUAAAAUAAUCGGAAGUCCGAACGAUUAAUGUUACUCUGUGUUUUGUCAGAAAAGAAAAGAAGAACUAAGAUAAUUGUCAAUACCUUACGUUUUAAUGUUAAAUGUAGUCGUAUGAUUUGUAGUAUGUAGUUUACUGCGCGCAACUAUAAAUUCCACAUUAAAUUUUUUAAUGUACAAGUAAUAAAACGAUCACAUAAAAGUUAAUGUGAGAUCGGAGACUUUAAGUUUUCCUUACAAAUCACAGAGUAAUAUUGCUUGUUCCCGCUUUCAAAUAUCGAUAUACUAUGCGAUGUGCGAAGAAAAAUUGUCCGAUUUACUUCAGAUCACGUACCAUUCCUUCAAUCGGUCUACUUUUUCGCACAUUGUACGGCAUGUGUCGGAAAAAGCGUGUAGCCGAAUACUUCUGAACAAAUGUGAAAUCGAUUUUUCUUCAGUGACAAUUGUUCAGGUAGAAAUUUGAAAAUAUUAAAUGCCAUUAUAGAUAGUCGUUAUAUACGCAAUAUUUAAGUAAUAUUUAUUUUUUAUUUGUUGGAAUGUUACAAUUUUCGGUUUAAAAAGAGAAAACUGAAAUACAAAGUUAGAUAAUGGGAUCGAAACUACGAGAAACUCGAAGCUUUGAAGAAUCUAGACGCGCGAAAACUUAAAACAUUAACUUUCUAAAUGUUCCAAGAUUAGAAUUAAGUAUGAAAGAAGAUGUAGAAAUUCAGAUUUGUUAUAUUGUAUCUAAAAGUGUUAACAUUUAGAAAUUCAAAAAUCUAAAAAAUACUUUAUUGACAAUAGUUGGUCAAUUAAUAGCCGGAUGGUAUUUUCUCUAUGGCAAAAAUCGAAAGCAAAUUGUUCAAAGCACAAGCUGCCGGCUUACAACUAUUUCCACACACCCUAGUAUGCAUCCUAGUACUUUCUAACAAGGACCUUUUCAGUGCUAAUGAAUUCGACGCAAGCUGUAGAAAAAGAUUCAAACUCCCACGGGCUCGUUGAGCUGACGCGGAAGUUACGUUUUUAGUACAAAUGUCUUCAGGUAUAUCUUUAUUUAGAAUCAGGAAGAAACAUUCGCUCCUCCCGUAUUUCUUCCGCUAAUCGAUUUGGAUGUUAUAUUAUUAGGGAAAAAAAGAGCAAAACAAGAAAAAGAGCACGAUAAAGAGAACAGGUUGCUCGUUACUCGGAGAGCACGCAAUGCCAUUAGUUGAUACACUUUUUACGAGCUGUCGAAUAAAAAAUCACGCGAGAGCGAGUGAAUCCUCGCCCCAUGCCUCGAAUUGCCUUUUUGACAGCUGUACCUCAAGUUUUAAUAAUAUUGUAAGGUAAACUCCUCUAUUUUUCGUAGUCACACAUAGGAAAUACUUCAUUUAUAUGUCAUCCGACACGCGUGCGCGCGCGCGUUCGCACGAGACAAUGCUAUCUAAACGCGCGUUACUCGACCAGCGUGAAGACGCUCGAAGGAAAUAAAGGAAAAUCAUUUUAACGCCCAGACAUUUUUUUAUUUUUUUUUUAUUUCAUUUUCUUUCGCUUCUCUACACCGAUGAUGAGUCGGUGAUGUGCAGUUUUGCUCAUUCUGAAUAGUCUUACGCUAUCGAAUGAUUUUUGCAGUCUCUUCGUGAUGGUUCGCCCAACUUGACAGACGCUCGAUUUUCAGGCUGACUGCUCGGCCAAGGAACUCGUCACUGGAAAUUAUUUUCGAUGACUAAAUCUCUAAAAUGUGCAGUCAGCCGUUCGUACUUUGAAUUCGCACCAAGUGCGAUCGAAAGCAUCAUCACCCACUUUCUAAGAACAGUUGUUUCCCGUGCAUCAUGUUCCCUCGAAGGGAAUGGCGCAUCUGAACCCUUCAACCGAUAGCCUUGUCCAUCUAUAAUGACUGAUAAUGACAUGUACGAGCCGAACUCGUCGCGCCGUCCGCUUCUUCGACUUUUGAUAACAUGAUAAUUCGCAUCUCUUUCACGACAGGCAAAAAUGCUAAGAAGUUUGCCGCGAAUAAACAGAAAACCAACGCUUUGCGCGCGGAAUUACUUAUUACGAUCAAACAUUAAGAUCCUUGUAAGAUAUUUGUCUGUUGACAUCACUGAAGCUUGGCCUGAAAUUAAUCGACGAAAAGGGCAAAAAUUAGAUUAUGGAAUUAUUGGACAGAAUUGGACUAUUAACAUUUAACAAUGACUGGCGAGAUGAAAAACAAUAAAUCACAAAACUGACGGAACUGUUGAAUAUGGAGAGGAUACGCAUAAACGACUGAUCUCGCAAUGACUGGACGUGCAUCUUUGAAAUAGUUAUACUGAAAUACUAAUUAUUAUUAAUAUUAUUAUAAUAGUAAUAUAAUAGUAAUUAAUAUCGUAGUGUUGUCGGUACUGUUAUAAUAAUUUAAUAAUAUAUAGCAUCUACUGUUAAUAUUAACAAUACUGCAAUAUGAUAAUGGUAAUAUCGCGAGACGAUGCAACCGAAACCCAGUUUGGACGCUUCGCACCGCAAAGGGUUGAUCUAUCGGCUGAAGGGUUGAAUAGAAAUACAGACACACACACACACACACACACACACACACAAUACGUGUACGCGAGCAACUUUUUAAAAUUUUUCACAGAGAAGAUAAUGUGUACUGCAUUGUGGUAGUAAAAAGUUAUACGACUGCAGAGCGAUUGUAUCAAUCGUCGAGACUCUGGCACUGUAUAGUACAUUUGUUGAUGGAUAUAAUAGCAAAGUAUACACGAUCUAUACGUUACUAUGACAUUACACAGCAUUAGGCGGGGGGUGGUUAAUUCAUUUCUUUUUCAUUUCAGUUGCCCUGCAGAGGCUGAGUGUCUUUUUAACCCUUUGCGUCCAACGCGAGUAAUUGAUAAAUCAAUGAUAAUAAGAUAUCACCGGUGAAUCCCCCGGCAGAAAUAAAUACCGAAUAAAACGGAAGAAAAAUCAGAUUAUUAUUACUAAUAGUUUUUUAGAGCCACCAAUGAAUAAUUACCGCAUUGAUAAUAAAAUGAUAUCAUAUCAUUAACGUACAUAAAGCAUUUGGAGUGCAAAGGGUUAACUCAGGAGAAGCUUAGAGCUUAAAUAUUCUGAUUCAAGAUAAUAAUAGUUUUACACAUUGAGCAUUUGUAAAUAAUGUGAGAAAGUGUUUAAGGCAUUUAAUAAUAUUUAUAAAAACAUUUUUCAAAUUUAAUUUUAAAUUACCAUUAAAUUUCUUAUGUAAUGUAUAAAAUUAUAUCUGAUGAAAUAAGAAAAAGAAAAGUCGAACAUAAUUGUAAAACUCCAUGUAUUUAUUUGUCUAAAACUGUUACUAAAUUAAAUUUAAGUUAAAUUGAAUAUACAUGUAGUUAAAAACAAUUCUUUCUCAUUUUAUAUAAUAAACAUAUUGUAUAAUCAAUUUUAAUAUAUUUAUUAAGAAGGAACAAUUUGUUUUUUCCUGUUCAACAAUUGAUCUUGUGCUAUUUGAGUUCUAAGCGACUCCGUGCACUAGUUAGCGAACUUAAACAAUUUUGCAAGAUUGACACAUUACGCCAUUACGGCUAAAACGUUCCGGUCUCCGAACUGUUUAACCGAUAAGCGUAGCUAAGAUUUCUAAUAACGCGUUUAUCUAUCUUCACUUUCAUUUUAUUUACGUUAUAUGAUACAACGAUGAAAAGAAUUGAAGUAAUUUAUUCUUGCCGACAUAAUAAAACAUUUGUAUUA